AACCAGGCACUGGCCAACAGUGUUAAAGUGAUUGAAGGACUGAAUGAAUAAUUUAGAGGACUGUUCACCUGAGACGACUACAAUUCUGAGACAGAGUAGGAGUGUCUGUUUAACCGGUGUAUAUUGUAUGAGAGUGGACUAAAACUUCUGAUAUAUAGUUAUCUUAUUGUGCUGUCAGGAAGUGUUGGUAUCUGAGUUUUAGGUAAGUUUCAGUGAGCUUUCUUUUAAUGUGUUUUCAAGAAAAUGAUUACUUUCUAUUUGUUGAGGCGAUCUAUUUGUUUUAAGAAAAUGCACUGAAUUCAAAUGUUACGGGCUUACAGUCAAAUAAAUUUUUUUGGAGCAUCCCAAUUUGUAAUUUCUUCCAAAUGUUAAUCUCAUCAGAUGCCUUUGGUAACCUAACACUUACAAAUGUUUAUCUCACUUUUCCUGUUCGUAGGAAGCCAAAAUAUAGUUUGAAGUUUGCUUCCUGUGUUUAGUGUUGCCCCUGGCAGAGGAUUAACUACUAGGUAAAGUUAUACUCGUGGUGCUUUUUAUAUAUAUAACUUGUAAUAUUUAUUUUUCCUAAUGUUGCUGUUUUAAUUGGAUUUCUGCUAUUAUUCCUGACUAAAUCUUGAAAUAAAGACAUUAAGAAUCGAGUGUUUCAAGUGUCUGAAAAAUGGAGGUCAAGCGAGUGAAGAGAGAUGUUAAAACUUUGCUUGAUGAAUAUAUUGGACAGCGACUCAGAGAAACUGGUUUUGAUCCAAAGGGAAAAAGCUCUUCUACAAUGUUAGAUGAUUUGGCCCAUUAUGACUUGGCUAUAAGUGUAGCUUUGUGGUGGCUCAAUAAAGAUAAUGGGAAGAAUGCAGCUGAGAAUGACUACACAGGAAUUGGCAGUUUAAAACAUAUUAGCCAGUACCCUAAUCACCUGGAAAGAGAAGCAAUGAUCCUUUCUUCCUUUGCUGGAAUGCUUCUGAACAGCUUACCUAUAGAAGACAUUCUGUCUCUGUACAAUUGCAAACCAGUGUCAUCUUACCCUCAUAAUAAUACUAAGGGCAAUAUUGUUCACCCAUUCUCCCUCUCUUAUCAUCCAUUUGCUAUGCUCAGUUCAUUCAAAGCAGUAGAUCACUCAAGAAAACACACCCGGGUACUGAAACGCUGGAUCAAGGAACACCGUAAACAGGAGGUCUCUCCAGUAAUAGAGAAACUGGAGUCCUCCUCCACCUCCUCUUCUAGCUCCUCAUUCAGUGAUAGCGAGGACUCUUUAAAAGAUGAAACUGCAAACUAUGAGGGCUCGCAAGAAUCUCUGCAGGACUGAAAACAGCUGCUGUAUAACAAGCAAAUAAUCAAUUUCAUUGUUUAUUGUACACAUGUAACAUUAUUUCAGGUUUUUCUUAUUUUGUCCUUAUUGUUAAAAUAUUAGUUCCUUCCUAACUUUGUUCACAAACCACACUGUAAAAAAAAAUCAAACAAUGAGAAAACUCAAAUAUUUAAGGCAACAAGUUUCAGCAGAUUUUGGAUUUGUAUUUUUUAUUUUUAUUUUAUUUUUCAAAGUGCAUUUAAUAAUAAAGACAGCAGAUCA